ACCGCCGGCGGAGACCAGGCGAGCGUCGCGCUGCUCAGCGGAGGCAAAGGUGCCCGCCUCGUUUUUCUUUUGUUUAUUUGUUAUUUACACAGAUAAAAAGUAGGGUGAGCACUUGAGUAUGUGUCCUUAUCGUCGUAUAUAACGCACCGAAGAAAUGGACCGAGGUGGCUGUCAGAUGAGCGGCGGCGGUGGUGGUGGUAUUGACGGCAGCGGGGGCGACAGAGGUGGGAUGAUCACGCUGGAGGAUCUGGAGUCUUUCUCCGAAGAUCGAAUGUCAGACUCGGGCAACGGCAGCCUGGAAGAGGAGGCAGAGAUCACGGAGGAAGACGACGACCGGCUGCUGCAUUACUGGCAGGACGUGGCCAGGGGACACCAGGUGGAAGUUGCUCAAGAUAUGGCACAACCCAUUCAGCAGCUAACCACCAACAACGAAGGACGCAGCAAUAGGGAGCACAUCCCUUUCAACGUCCUUGGACGAAGAGAAAAGUGUGGGAAACUGCUUUAUGAGAAACGCCACUAUGAAAAGGGCCAGUGGGCUUGUAUAACCCUGCGUGAGGACACUUAUGAGCAGAGCAUCUGUUAUGGUUUUAUGAGGAUAAUGAAAUAUAUCUGCCAGCAGAAUUCUUUAGGUGACUACUUGGGCAUGACCCUCCCUAUCGUGACAGUGGUGCGCACAAAUGAGAACCAUUCUGUGAUCUCCCAUGAGGUCACUGUGGCAUACUACCUUCCUAUUGAGCAUCAGGCCCAGCCCCCACAGCCUUCUGACGGCGAGAUCUUCAUAGAUGUUUGGCCCCCAAUGAUCGUAUACACAAGGGCCUUUACUGGUCCCACCAAUGAAGUGACCAUCGUCAACCAGAUCGAUGCCCUGGCAGAGAUGCUGGACACUCCUGAUGCUUGUGUCAACGACUCGUUCAUCGUGGCUGGCUACACCAACCCUGCUCACAGUAACCGUCAGAAUGAGAUCUGGUUCCUGGAGCGACACUGAGGAACGACCGUACCUGUGACCUUGAGCCCAUAAAGACUCCCUUAACAAUGUCCCAGGUCAUCAACAGCCUCAGGUGUGAUGUCCUCUGUAGUCACCACCUCAACCUGAACCAACCACCAACCACAGCAGUUGGAUCUUGAUUUAAAAACAACAACAACUUAGCCAUUACUCUGAUCUUAGUGAAUUCUCGUUCAUUUCCAUACAUCGUCCUUUCAUCCAUAAACCACUGCCAUAUGCUCAUGGACUUAACCCAAACGCUAAAGUAAAGUGUAGCAUUCAUCUCCUGCUCCUACACUGUGAUGACUUAAAACCAUUCCUAGGCACAGUGUUCUCUUGUUACAUUAGAAAUAGCGAGCAAUCUGUGAACUGUGUACCCAUUGAGCUUGCAACAUGCAACGCGCGUCUUCUCUACAGCAGAACCAGGCUCCAGUGAAUAUGCAGACUCAUUAUAGUCUUGUGUUUGUUGCAUAGCCGCAACAUGUUGUAAAGUGGGGUGAUGUUCAAUUUUCAACAUAAGAAAAAAAUUUCUGCGUCAUUCUAUAGCUUUCUGAAAUGUCUCUAUUGACAUGCUGUUUGUAUUCACUAUAGGUCAAAAGUCUAUGUGAUGCCAGUCACUACAUAUGUUGCUAGUAGGUGCAAUAUUUAACUGAUAACAAUAGUCAACACGCCAGUUAUCACAGUUGCUGUGCCACUGACCUCAUCCUGUUAAUGUGUGUGGGUGUGUUCAGAUGCAGAUAUUGUUGUUUGGGGGAUGGAGCGCGCAGCACAGCCUGACAGACAACAUUCAGAGUAAAACUGAUGGCUGGAACCAUAAAUACACUCAUCACAAUAAUGUAGACAAACAAACAAACACGCGUGAAUAGAACCUGCUCAUGUGUCUUUGUGUAUGAAUGUAUAGCCGACAGGGUGAAAACAAAUGAAUCCCUACAAGAAACCAAAUGUUGAAAACUUCUACUGCUGAACGACAAUCAUGAAGUACUUCGAUGUACAUUCUUCUCUUCUGGGAAAAAAAAACCAAUGCAUUCCUCAUGUUUCAAGGCACACUCACACACAGGAAUAGUAUAUACCUCUUUCUCAUGCUCUUUCUUUGGCUUCUCUGAGUCAAUGUUAGCGAGUAUGCAUUCACUGCUGUAUUAAGAAUACUGCUGCUUCUGUGUAGGAACGGUGUAAGGAACAUAUGAGCACAAAGAAUACCUCUACUGUGACUAUACUCUAAUUAGAUAGAUGAAAGUUAAAUGCUGUUUUAGUUCAAUCUUUAUUUAAAGUUCCAUCAUAUGGAUAUUUUGAACUCAAAGUGAAAGAUGUACAUUUAUAUUUGCUAUAUUAAAAAAAACAAAAAAAAACAUACAUACCACUACACUUUGAGUUCAAAGAAAUGUCUCUGAAAUAAAACUGAAAGUUGAACCAGCCAAAUCUUGUUCUUAGGAAUGGGGCAUGAAAUCCAUUAGGCAGGAAGUUUUUAUUAUCAUUAUUGUUAUUCUUAUUAUUAUUAUUAUGAAAUGUGUAAAUAUUAAACAGUAAAGCUCAAACUGUGAGGAAAUUGGUUUAAUCUUAUUUAAACUGCAAAAUAAAACAGUGAAGUAAGUUUAUCAUUGGGUUGGGAAAGUUACAGAGUCGGCCUUUAAGUGGCAUUAUGUCAUUAUAUUGACAUUAAGAAAAUCACAAGAAUAUAUUAAGCAUUUAAUGAUUGAUGAGCUGAUAUUACAACUGUAGCGUGCAAACACUUUCAAAGCCAUGAUACAAGUAGGUUUGUUCCCCCUUUCAAAACCUGGUUACGUGGGAACAUCACGUCAAAGUAUCUAAUUCGUUUUCCUUUUUAUGUUUCGCUUGAUUUUUUUUGCUAAAGUGUGAGUACUGUGAUUGAAGUGCAGCAACAACAACAGCUACUGUGGUUGUCUUUGUUCAAUAAAACUGUGCUUGUCAUUUGA